AUAUAUACAGCUUCCCUUCCCUUCCCAUCCCAUCCCAGUAUUAGAGAGAGAGAGAGAAUGGAUGUGAGGAGAUUGAUGGUGGUGGUAUUAGUGGGAAUGGGGAUGCUAAUAGGGGAGUCAAAUGCAUCUUUCAAGGACUGCUAUGCAAAAUGCUUUAUUUUCUGCAUGAUUGAGCCUUCUCAAACUCUAUGCUCCUGCACUACCAACUGCCUCAAACAAUGCAUCUUUAACUCUGAUGCCAAUUCCACCAAAGCUGAAGAAUCUCAAGAUGAUGAGCUCAACACCCACAACUUCUGCAAGCUCGGGUGUGCCCUUUCCAUGUGCUCCUCCCUCAGUUCUAAGCAUCAACCCAAUAAAGAGAAAAUGGAUGGUUGUGUUGGAUCCUGCGAAAACAGGUGCACCAACAACUACAGUUCAUCACCAUAGGACAUAGGAGGUUACGUUGUUGGGUGGUAUUUUAAUUUGUUCUGAUUAAGGCCAGGAGGCAGGCAUUUUCAAUCAUUGUUGUUGUUGUUGUUGUUUCUUCUUUUUGGUACUUCUGAUUAAGGAAGGAGGUGUGAAGGGUUGAUCAUCAUCUAACAUGCACCCUCACUUCAUCUAUUUCCAAUAUCUAAUUUCCAACAUGCAAUGUAAUCAAUCUUUGUUUAUUCUGUAAUGUAAUUUAAUGAAAGAGCAUUUCAGCUUUUCA